UAGAGUUACAAUAUAUAGUCAAAAUAUUGGCUUAAGUUUAACACAUUGAGGUACAACAUAUCUUGACAUAUGCAUUAACUUACUGACUUUAUUAUAUAAAAUAAGGACUGAACAAAAAAGGACUUGUGGCAAAAGCGCCAUGACACUUUCUGUAAAAGCAUGAUUAAUGUGCUAUACGACAAUGAACAACAGUGCGCAAGGAAAUGACCCAAUAAAGGACAUGAGGGGAUCUAAGGACCCGUUUAAGUCAACACCUUACGUCGAUCCUCUAAAACAAUCACCGGACACAUACAAGGAUCCGUUGAGUGUUCCAAAGGAAUCAUACGAAGACCCAGUUAUAUCAGAAGUAAAGUUACCAGAAUAUCAUGAGUAUGUACUGCCAGACAUUGAUCCAGUUACGGAAAAACCAAGGAAAAAGCUAUCAAAAAGAACACAUACAGAAGAAGAACCCAAAGAAAAUAAACGGCUACAACUAAAACCAUUCUAUCGUCCGCAGCAGGGCAGCAGUGUUGAUAGUGUGAGACGGACACUUAGAAUUCAAGAGAAUCUAAAUUUUUAAAAACAAUAUUUUUUUCGAAGUUUUCAUCACUUAAAAUAAACGAUCACAAGACGCUAGUGAUAAAACCAAAACUGACAUAAAAUGUUACCAAUAUAUACAUUAUAUAUACAUAAUUUAUCAAGUAAACAAGACCAUUUUAAUCAUUACCACAUCCAAUUGUAUUGUCCUAAAGCAAUCAAAGCUUUCACAUCUUUUACAGUUUUCAACGGAUAAAGACUUUACUUACACUUGUGCAUCUUAAAAUAUUCUGUAAGACAGCAAAAAAAGACACGGACUUUUCUAAAUAGUAAUUGAUUAUCUCCCUUUUCGUACUUUACUUUACAUUGUUCUAUAAGUACCUAAUAGAACUACUGAAUCAAAUGGCAAGAACUUUUAGGCAAGGAACGAAGUAUCAAUGUUAUGAAACAUCAACUGAUAUUUGAACCGCACUAUGAGAAAGCCAACAUAGUGCGUUUGCGCCCAGCAUGGAUCCAGACCAGCCGCGCGUCCGCGCAGUCUGGUCAGGCUCCAUGCUGUUCGCUAACGUUUUCACUAAUUGCAAAGGCUUUGAAAGCGAACAGUAUGGAUCCUGACCAGACUGUGCGGAUGCGCAGGGUGGUCUGGAUCGAUGCUGGUCGCAAACGCACUAUGUUGGUUUUCUAAUGGCGUGGGUCAUUUGAUAAUUAUAAAACAUUCUCCCCUUUAUGUUCACCAUUAUAAAUUUAUGUAGCUUUGUUAUGAUAGAAAGAAAUUACGUUUUUCAGAAAUUCAAUAAUGUAGUUUAAAUUUAAGUAUUCCACAUUAUGAGGCUUGACACAUACUCGUGUAAUCAUGUUACAUGAAUUCAAAACAAGCGGUCAUAGCAUAAGGUGCAUUGAGAAAUAUUGUGCUGAUAACUUAUUUUUUCUAUGCAAAUUGCUCUUAGGUAAAUGCAUAUUUGUAUGCCGCUACUGUUCUGAUGGUAAAUCGCUCUCAUUGAAAUUGUACAUAUAGCAUUCUCACUCUCCCUAUCGAGUUCUUGGUAACCCGGCUUUGCACAAUUAACCAAUCAGUGCAUCAUGUACAUGUAAUUUUCCUUCUUUUUGGACAACAAAACAAACAUCUCUUUUUGAUAACAUGUCAUCAUUUUAACUCUUAAAAUCAUUUUUAAUUUAUUAUGUUAAAAUGACAUGAUAAUAGUCAUUAAUAAAGACAGCAAUCCCACUUUCUGUUGCAUCAUCUGAAUGUAAUCAGAACAUCAGUAUAAUAUGUUUCUGUAUCAAAUAUCAUUUACAACAUGUGUUAAUAUAAAUUUUAUGAAAUAUACAAGACAUAUAGUAUGGCAUCUUCCUGAAUGUUCAUUCCUAAAUAACAACAUUAAUUGUUUAUUUUAGGUUCAGUUUGCAUUUUUUGAAAUCUUUCUAUGUAAUUACAUUUUUAUACAAUGAUUUUUAUGAAGUCUUUCAUUAAAUAAAAAAGUGCUGUGUUUAAGAGGUGUUUUUCUGAUAAGGCGUUGUUUGAACCCGCAGACUAAGAGAUAAUAGCAUUUUUACAUUCCUUUGAAGAACCGCUCCUUAAUAUCUUUGAAAAGACCUGUCAACGGCUUUAAGGUAUUAGAGCACUAAUAGUAAUGUUUACAAAAUGGCCUUUGCUUGGUAUAUUCUGAAAGGUAACCGUGUUUUGCACUAUUUUGCAAUUUUUAAACAACUUUUACCGUGCCGUUUUUUAUAAAUUUUGUAUAACUUAUGGUAUCUCCUCAAGCACAAGUAGAGACAAAUUUCAAAGUGAUAGCCACUACCCAAAAUGUUUGCAGAGAACUCAUUUUACCAUUAAUUUUAAUAAAAGAAACAUCAAACUAUUGGUAAACAAGUAUAAAACAUAAAAUAAAAAUGUCAAUAUCAUUUUUUCUAUGGUGCCUCAAGUAAACGGAUUCAAUGAGACAGAAUUCAUACUUCAAAUCGAAAAAAUAAGGUCGAAUGCUGUGUUUCUGUUUUGAAAUUUGCUUACUCCAUUUAAAAAUAACCUUAGGGCAGACGUAAAACCUACCUCAAUUUCUUCCACAAUAUAUAAUCUAAGAGUGAAAGCAAAAUAGAGAACCUUCACCGCGUGUAACUCAAUAUUUUUAAAGAUGUGUAACUCUACCCCUUCUGUUUAAGUAGUAAAUUCACUUUGAACACCAAGAAAUCGCUUAUAAGAUUCAUCUUUUUUCAUUUUUGUACAAGAAAUCAAUAAUAAGUCUUGAAAGAAGUAAAAACAUACUAGAAAAAAGGAAAAUAAGGGGGAAAAAUUUGGUCCCAGUAGGGCUUGAACCUACGCCCCCCUAAGAAUUGCAGUAAAAAAUAGGUUUAUUGUAGGAAUUGAAUACUCUUCAAAAAGGAGGUUCUCUAUUAGUGAUCUAAUACCUUAAAGUGUGUGCUUCAUCUGGCAAAACUCAUUUUUUUAUCAUUAAUACCGUCUUGUUCAUAUAUUUCAUUAUGUACAUUUGCUUUGAAAUCAUUUCAUGCUAAAAUUGCAAACAAAUAAAGUGUUUUUAUUUCUUUUUUUUUCGUGUUUGUGUCCAAAAGGCGAUGCUGUUCAAGUUAUAAUUAAAGUAGGAUUUUGCGUA